CAGUAGAUGAUAAUGUCAGAGAAAUCUGUUUACAGAAAGGAGAGAGCUAAAGACAGAGGGGAUACGUCCUUCAGUAACAUGUCCACUCCAACCUCUGAAAUUGCGAAAGUACCAGAGCUUAAGCCUCAGAUCAAAAUCGGUCACUAUAUCCUCAAAGACACACUUGGAGUUGGUACAUUUGGAAAGGUGAAAGUGGGGAUUCAUGAAGCUACUGGUUAUAAAGUUGCCGUAAAAAUCUUGAAUCGUCAAAAAAUCAAGACAUUGGAUGUGGUGGGAAAAAUAAGAAGAGAGAUACAAAAUCUGUCGUUGUUCCGACAUCCGCACAUAAUUCGGCUCUACCAGGUGAUAAGCACUCCAACUGAUAUCUUUAUGAUUAUGGAGUAUGUGUCUGGCGGUGAACUUUUUGAUUACAUUGUCAAGCAUGGUCGCCUCAAGACUCCUGAAGCACGCCGUUUUUUCCAACAGAUAAUUUCUGGUGUGGAUUACUGUCACAGACAUAUGGUUGUACACAGGGAUCUGAAACCGGAAAAUCUUUUGCUAGAUGAGCAUAACAACGUAAAAAUAGCCGAUUUUGGCUUGUCGAACAUCAUGACUGAUGGCGAUUUUCUGAGAACCAGCUGCGGGUCGCCAAAUUAUGCAGCACCAGAGGUUAUCAGCGGCAAGCUCUACGCUGGUCCUGAAGUCGAUGUUUGGUCUUGUGGAGUAAUACUAUACGCACUUUUAUGCGGUACAUUGCCGUUCGAUGAUGAACACGUCCCAACACUGUUCAGGAAGAUUAAAUCUGGAGUUUUCCCCAUACCGGACUACUUAGACAAACCGCUUGUGAACUUACUUCUACAUAUGCUAAUGGUCGAUCCCAUGAAAAGAGCAACAAUCAAAGAUGUUAUUGCUCACGAGUGGUUUCAAAAGGACCUACCCGCAUAUCUCUUCCCACCAGUAAACGAGUCAGAAGCUUCGAUUGUCGAUAUCGAAGCUGUUCGUGAGGUCACUGAACGCUACAACGUACCUGAAGAGGAAGUGACUGCUGCUCUCCUCGGGGAUGAUCCGCAUCAUCACCUUUCCAUAGCCUACAACCUCAUAGUUGACAAUAAACGUAUUGCCGAUGAAACUGCAAAGUUGACAAUCGAAGAGUUCUAUCAGGUUGCACCCAACAAAUUACAUUAUUCUGACCAACAUCGACAUCCCGAAAGAAUUGCUGCUGCCGUGAGCAGUAAAAUCACUCCCACGCUCGAAAAUACUGCUGGAGGAGACGCUUCAUUCACUAAUAUGGCACCAGUCCAAUCUGUUGGAUACAAGUGUGGGGUUAAACGAGCAAAGUGGCAUCUUGGAAUCAGAUCGCAGAGUCGACCAGAAGAUAUUAUGUACGAGGUUUUUCGUGCGAUGAAGAGUCUGGAUAUGGAGUGGAAGGUGCUCAAUCCAUACCACGUCAUAGCUCGGAAAAAACCUGAAAGUCCAGUUGCUGAUCCUCCGAAGAUGUCAUUACAACUGUACCAAGUGGAUCAAAGAAGUUACUUAUUGGAUUUCAAAAGUCUUGUGGACGACGAAAGUUCUUCGGGAAGUGCAUGUUCUUCACGUCAUGCAUCGAUGUCAAUGCCAUCAAAACCUGCUGGAAUGCGAGCACGACAUGCGAUUUCUAUGGAUGUAGAUCCAUCACCACCUCCAUCUCCUUCGGGUGCAAAAUUGUCGCAAACGAUGCAGUUCUUUGAGAUGUGUGCUUCUCUCAUCGGAACGCUAGCACGAUGAAUAUGUCUUGAUUGACCCUGUGUACAUUUUAUGUCGUAUCUGAAUUGUAUAUCUUAUAGUCAAAAGUUGCUCUGGACUGUAUAAAAAUUAUGAGAAUGGAACACCAUAGCUCAUCGAAACUUCAAAGUUAAGUUGAGAACAGCAAGUUGGCAUUUUGAGUGGAACUCAUAAAACGGUGCUUUUGUUGA